GAGGUCUCGCCCUCGCCUCUUUAGUAGGUCGGGUGAGUGUAGUGUGCAGGGAAGAGACGCGUCAGCGCCAGGGCCAGGCCCGCCCGGGGGCAGCCCGGCAGCCGGAUCUUGGGCUACUCUGUCCCAACAGCCGGAGCGGAUCAGACCGACCGGCCCUGCCCGCUCGGUCCCGCGCCCUCCAGACCCUACGGUCUCCGUUUCUAGGGGCACAUGGUUAGCGGCAGGCGCCCACAGCCAAUCCACUUUGCCAGCCUGCCCCUUCCUCUGCCAAGAGCAGCUUCUUCAGCCGCGCUCCAGUUCCGCAGACGACUGCCCCACCCUGCUCUUCCCUUCCAGGGAAGACGGAUCACGCGGCCAAGAACGAGACUCGCAAACUGGGCAUUUCUCCGAGCCGGGCUAGAGCAAGUAUCUAGACUCCGCGUGAGAGUGGGAAAGAGCCUUAACAGGCAACCAUGUUGCCCAGUGGGUUUUCUGUGCCUUUGGGUGCGGACCAAUGAGGCGCGUGGGGCGGGACUUCCGCUUCGCUUAGGUGUUGUCGUCCCUGCUAGUACUCCGGGCUGUGGGGGUCGGUGCGGAUAUUCAGUCAUGAAGUCAGGGUAGGGACUUCUCCCGCAGCGACGCGGCUGGCACGACUGUUUGUGUUGCGGGGGCCGGACUUCAAGGUAAGACCCUGUCCGGCUUCGCGGCAGCCGGGCAGCGCGUUAUCGAGCGGCCCAGAGAACAUACCCCGCUUGUUGGCCCUCGAGCUCGGAGUCGGCCCUGCUGCUGAGGUCUUUGCUGCUCCUCUAGAGCUGGGCGAGAAGUGAAUUAGGCUUUUUGCAAAAGGAAUAAAAUAGCCUUGCCCUCGGGGGACCGAGUCUCCCCUGCACUCUCAUUCCGCGAGUUUGUGUGUGUACAAAGUUGAGUUACCGGUUUUGCUUCUCUCAUUCCCUUCUUGAGGCUGCAAGAGCCUGUCUGGAAAACAUGUUUGGAAGGCUUUUCUUGGUCAAGCACCUGCCGCAACGUCCUCGGGCAAAUCGCUUGACUUUAGUUGAGGGGGCUGUUUUGUCUCUGAAUAGAAGGAGGGCAGUCACUUCCUCUCUUUUACCCCCACCCCCUUUUUCUUUCCCUGGAAGCUCAGAUUGCAGGUUUGGGACUUAACCCCUGCUAGGGCCAGAUACUACGGUCAGUCAGCAGCUCUGCCUGUAUGCUUGACUUGACUUGACUUGCACUUAUUAAAGAACUUUGUCCCAGAGAGAAAGAGAGUGGGCAGACAUCGAAGCCAAACAGCAGUAUCCCGGAAGCACUCAUGCAACUUUGGUGGCGGCCACUCAGUUUUCUCUGCCAGUGUCUGGUGAUUUUACAACGAGAUGCUGCUCUCCAUAGGGAUGCUCAUGCUGUCAGCCACACAAGUCUACACCAUCUUGACUGUCCAGCUCUUUGCAUUCUUAAACCUACUGCCUGUAGAAGCAGACAUUUUAGCAUAUAACUUUGAAAAUGCAUCUCAGACAUUUGAUGACCUCCCUGCAAGAUUUGGUUAUAGACUUCCAGCUGAAGGUUUAAAGGGUUUUUUGAUUAACUCAAAACCAGAGAAUGCCUGUGAACCCAUAGUGCCUCCACCAGUAAAAGACAAUUCAUCUGGCACUUUCAUCGUGUUAAUUAGAAGACUUGAUUGUAAUUUUGAUAUAAAGGUUUUAAAUGCACAGAGAGCAGGAUACAAGGCAGCCAUAGUUCACAAUGUUGAUUCUGAUGACCUCAUUAGCAUGGGAUCCAACGACAUUGAGGUACUAAAGAAAAUUGACAUUCCAUCUGUCUUUAUUGGUGAAUCAUCAGCUAAUUCUCUGAAAGAUGAAUUCACAUAUGAAAAAGGGGGCCACCUUAUCUUAGUUCCAGAAUUUAGUCUUCCUUUGGAAUACUACCUAAUUCCCUUCCUUAUCAUAGUGGGCAUCUGUCUCAUCUUGAUAGUCAUUUUCAUGAUCACAAAAUUUGUCCAGGAUAGACAUAGAGCUAGAAGAAACAGACUUCGUAAAGAUCAACUUAAGAAACUUCCUGUACAUAAAUUCAAGAAAGGAGAUGAGUAUGAUGUAUGUGCCAUUUGUUUGGAUGAGUAUGAAGAUGGAGACAAACUCAGAAUCCUUCCCUGUUCCCAUGCUUAUCACUGCAAGUGUGUAGACCCUUGGCUAACUAAAACCAAAAAAACCUGUCCAGUGUGCAAGCAAAAAGUUGUUCCUUCUCAAGGCGAUUCAGACUCUGACACAGACAGUAGUCAAGAAGAAAAUGAAGUGACAGAACAUACCCCUUUACUGAGACCUUUAGCUUCUGUCAGUGCCCAGUCAUUUGGGGCUUUAUCGGAAUCCCGCUCACAUCAGAACAUGACAGAAUCUUCAGACUAUGAGGAAGACGACAAUGAAGAUACUGACAGUAGUGAUGCAGAAAAUGAAAUUAAUGAACAUGAUGUCGUGGUCCAGUUGCAGCCUAAUGGUGAACGGGAUUACAACAUAGCAAAUACUGUUUGACUUUCAGAAGAUGAUUGGUUUAUUUCCCUUUAAAAUGUUUAGGUAUAUACUGUAAUUUGAUUUUUUGCUCCCUUCAAAGAUUUCUGUAGAAAUAACUUAUUUUUUAGUAUUCUACAGUUUAAUCAAAUUACUGAAACAGGACUUUUGAUCUGGUAUUUAUCUGCAAGAAUAUACUUCAUUCACUAAUAAUAGACUGGUGCUGUAACUCAAGCAUCAAUUCAGCUCUUCUUUUGGAAUGAAAGUAUAGCCAAAACAUAAAAAAAAAAAAAAAAUCCUCAGUAUAGCUUGCAAUUAAGACCUAGAUCACAGUAUUUAAGUGUUUUGCGUUUUAUACAUGAGGUCAGUGCUACAGCCACCUAGCAUGAACUAACCCAGCUUCCACCUCCAUAAAGUUACCUAAAGUUGUUGAGUUGGAAUAUGUUCUGGCAUUUACCUGACCUGCCAAUCAUUAGGGAGAGGCAACAAGGUAAUUCAGCCUUUCCUCCUAUCAGCACAAAGAAACUCAAAGCUGUUUUUUCCCUUUCUGUUCCAAAGCAGUCUUAUCCUGACAGGAGCGGUCUAUACUAGUGCAGAUUUCAACACUUUUUUUUAACGUUUUAAUUACUAUAGUGUUAUGUAGAGAUCUGAUUGAGCAGCUAAUGUUUCUGAACUUUACUUACUAAUUUUCAGUGUCCUUAAGGGUUCUGUAGUGUUAUCAAAGCAAAAAGAAAAUGCUGCAUAAAAAUACCAAACUUCAGCAACUGUUAAUACUCAGAUCAUAUACCUCUUAAUAAAUAGCAUCUUAUGCUAAUUAGCCCUGCUAAACUAUGUACAGAGGAAACUGUUCAAGUAUUGGAUUUGAAAGUAAGUGACUUACGUUUAACAGAACUAAUGAUGUAUUGAAACACUGUAUUAUGAAAAGCUAAAUUAUACAUCAUUGUAACUAUGUAGAAAGUGUAGACUAAUGUAUAAUCAAAAUGCUAAGGAUUUUUAUAUGGCCUUGUAUGAGGGGAGUUUGAAUGUUAAUAAACGUUUUCCACUUUAA